AGAAUUCUAGAAGCCUCUUAUCUUGGUAUAAAACCCCUCUUAUUCCCUCCUUGAACUUUCUAGGGUUUUAUCUUUCUUUCUUCUUCUUCUUCGUCUCCUCCAUUACACUGUCAGCUCUCUCAAAGUCUCUUCAAUUCAAUCAUUCUCUGUCAAAGAAAAGGAAUGGCGACAGCACAGCUCACUGCAUCGUCAAUUUCAGUUAGGAAUUUUCCCUCAUUCGAAGGGCUUAGACCUUCAACAGUCACCUUCUCUCUCGUCGCUCCAUUGAAGCAAGGCAGGUCGUUCCGUGGCCUUGUCGUCAAAGCGGCCACUACUGUUGCCCCAAAGUACACUACACUCAAGCCAUUGGGCGAUAGAGUUUUGGUGAAGAUCAAGACUGCAGAGGAGAAGACUGUAGGUGGUAUCUUGCUUCCAUCGUCAGCACAGACAAAGCCUCAGGGAGGUGAGGUUGUUGCUGUUGGGGAGGGUAAAACAAUGGGGAAGAACAAGGUAGACAUCAGUGUGAAGACUGGCGCCCAAAUUGUGUACUCGAAGUAUGCAGGGACAGAAGUGGAGUUCAAUGGAUCAAACCAUCUCAUACUAAAGGAGGAUGACAUUGUUGGUAUUCUAGAGACAGAUGAUGUCAAGGAUAUGAAGCCCUUGAAUGAUAGAGUCCUAAUUAAGGUCGCUGAGGCAGAGGAAAAAACUGCUGGAGGCUUGUUACUAACAGAGGCAAGCAAGGAGAAACCUUCCAUUGGCACGGUGGUAGCAGUGGGGCCUGGUCCCCUGGAUGAGGAAGGUAAAAGGAAGGCGCUACCAAUAUCUCCAGGGAACACAGUGUUGUAUUCAAAGUAUGCAGGGAAUGAUUUCAAGGGAGCUGAUGGUUCAGAAUACAUUGCUCUUAGGGCAUCUGAUGUGAUGGCUGUGCUUUCUUAGUCUCUCUUGUUCCCCCUAGGGCAUGCAUGUGUGCUCUUCUUUUAUUCCUUCACCACAUUUUCAAGUCACUUUGAGUUGAGUUAAAUCUAUGUAAUCACACACUUCAAAGGGUGUAGGCCCACUGUAACGGAUUCUAAGACAAAGGCUUGUUUGUGGAAUAUUUUUGUCUUUGGGUGGUAUCUAUUUAUGUUUCUGCUGAAUCUCUUCCUCUACUUAAAAGGAGUAAUGACCUAUUGGUUA